UAUCAACAAACGACCGAGGUAGCUGUGACAAACUUGUUUAGUUUGUUCGGAACCACUGGCGGAAACGUCACCCCUAAAAUUUCUUUUAGUAUCGUCUUCCGAGACUUUCUCAAAAUUUUCAGGUUUUUUUAAGUUCUCUAGUAAUUUCCAAUUAAGCCCUGCAUGCUAAUCGUAAAGAAAGAGGUGAACCGUCGACAAAUUUGUCCCCGCCAUGGAUGAAUUGUGCGAGCAACAGGAGACGAAAGUGGAAACGGAGUGCGGUAUUCCGGAAACGGAAAACGAGAACGCGUCCACUAAUAAUUCCGUGGCGGACUUAGAGUCCUCGGAGAAACGAAACGUGGAACCAGAAGAGGAGCACGAAUGUCACGAGAAAUGUCAAUUAUCGAACGUCACUAAUAAGAAUGUAUGCCCGUUGAAGCCGAAGGAAACCAGUUCGGGAACGAAAGUUAAGAGAAAAGCGAGAUCGACGCGUAGAAAACUCAACGCCAUGGUCAGCAAUACCUCUUUACAUUUCUCCGACACCGAUUCCGAGGGUGAAUUGACGACCAUGAAGCCUCAGGUACGAUCGUUGAACCACGCGCCAGAUAUUCCGCAGGCGCCAAUUAUUUCAAUAACAACGGACAACACGGAAGCCCCGAAUGGAUUACCCGAGAACUCGACAUUGCUAUCGCCCGAUGGCAAGGACACGAUUCAGUGUAGCAAUUUUGUUGAAAAUCUCACGGACGUCGACGAGAUAUACCCGAGCGAGACGGAGACCGAACAAAAGGAAACCGAAAACGGCCUGAACGUCACCGAAAAUUUUUACUUGGACGAGACGGACUACGAAGAUCUCGAGGGCAGCGAGGAAGUCCAAACGACGAUUUACGUGAAACCGAGGGCUGAUAUAUUCGGCGAGUACAGCGGCGAAACGAUAAUAACUAAAGAAAGCGACGGACCGUUGUCCGUUGAGAUCAGAAACAAAAUCUACCACGAGGAAAUUCCGCAAUCCGGAUCCUGCAGCAAGACACCCGAUAUCGUGGUCAUGUCGCAAACCGACGAAGAGGACAUGGCUAUAUCCGACGAGGAUGACAUGCAAGAGAUAUGCUGCAGUCAAAGGGAAUUCCUCGAGGAUCUGGACGUUCUCAUGGCUUCUCAGAUCAUUAUGACGAAUAUUAAUAAAUCCGAGCACAUGCUGCUCGGUAAAGACACGAGCGACGAUGGGAUCAACGAUUGUCAUACCGAUACCGAGGACGUUGAUCAGGUCGAAUAAAAUCAUUUUUAACGUACUCUGACGGUAAGGGCACGGACACGCAAGACACGACUUUAAACGAGGGACUUUCCAGUUAUUUAAAUGUUGCAUACGAGGAUCGAUCUGUUCUUUAGUAAAUGUUUCUUGUAAAAGUUCGAGAGUGUACUGGACAUUAAAUGUCAUAUCAUCAGCAUCACCGCUAUUUAUCUUCUUCGUGUUGAAAUUAUAAAAUCCGUGGAAUGAAUCGAAUUAUUUGUGAAUCUAGAUUAUUUCUGGUGUUUGUGGGUCAAUUUAAAUUCUUCUGAGUAGAGGGGGUGGUUUUCAGGGAGUCUGUUGGACGAUUUUGUUAUAUUUUUUGUAGAUUUAUUCAAAUUUUUCGAGAUUUAAGUUUUUUUUAAAGGAAUUCAGUUUUUCUUCUGUUUGGGAAAACAUGUCAGACCAUCUUUAUUUAUUUAGACGACAAUUAUUCGACUCCUCUUUUAGAAAUUUUGUAAUGAGAAUUUAUGUACAAUAUGUGAACAUCAUUUUAAAUAAUGUUGUUAUUAAUUUGUUUUCUGGUUUCAAACAAAAAAUUUUAGUACCAUCCACACAUUGGUAUAUAUAAAUAAAUAUACAAUUACGUGUUAACAUUACUGAAAAUUUGUUUUCGAAACUAGAAAAAUAAAGAUAGUAACGAGAUUAUAUAAAAAGAUGAUCAUGUAUUUUACGUUACAUAUGUAUGUAAUAUAUUAUAUCACCAACAAUACAAAAAUAUAAAACAAUGAUAUACAAUAUGUAUAAAUUCCCAAGAUUUUUUCCCAAGAAAUGCAACUUUAUGAACAUAUAAUCUGAUUGAAGGCUCCAUCGAACUAGAUCAUCUAACAUAAAAAAAAAAACAUUGAAAUUGAUCUACCAACACUGACAACAUUCAAGGUGGUUCACUCUGUCUUUGAAUUUUUGCUAAUGUAAUGAGUGAUUUAUGCUGUUACAUAAAAUACCGGUAUCAUACUUAUAUUACUCGUUUCCGUGUGGGUAACCCUUAUCGAAAUAGAGGUAUGAACACGCUGGUACGGCGUUACACAAGUUUACGACAUCGUUAUUAGUUUACUGGUGCUAUUAUCGGUAAACAUACUCGUACACGGUAUUGAAUCCUUUAUGACUCAAAGCAAAAUGUUAUUCUGCAUUGCACAGUUAGUUCCGUAUAUAUUCCUACGUGUUUUGAUUUGCAACAGACAGAUAGGACAAUCAAACGAUAAAUAAAAAAUAAUUCAAUCUGUUGCUAUAAUUAUUACUGAAUAAUUAUUAUGCAACAUAUAUACAUUUAAGUGAUAUACUUUGUGGAGAAAUUAUUUUUUCAUCAAAUGGACCAACAUUAAGGUCUCGAUACAAUGAAAUUAAUAUAGAAAAAUAAGAAAGACAUGGUACUGCUGACAUUACUAUUUAUUAGUACUACUUCUCCAAGUGUAAAAAUGAAUUCUUCCCUCAUCUACUGAUUUAAAAAGAAGUUAUUGUGCAUUCACGAAAAUAUAGUUAGUUUCACUAUAAUAUAUACAUAUUUUAUAUCUGUAAUAGGUAUAACAUAUGUAUUAAACAUGCACAUAUACAUGUAUUAAUUAUAAUUACAUACAUUAUAGUGUAACAUAUUUGUAUAAUAUAUACGAUAUAUAUACAUAUAUUGUAGUGAAACUGAGCAUCUAUUUAUGAGUGUACUCAAUGUUGGCUCGUAGGUUUGGCACACAAACUCUCGUUUCAGUUCCAACAUUUUGUAGCCAAUUCUUCCUUCUCAUACUAAUAAAAUAGAAACGGUUUUCUUCGUAGUGGCGAAAUCGUAAUGGCAUUUCAAAAUCAUUCAAUAGAUACUACUACAUGUUUAAUUUUAAAACAAUCAUACAAUCGAAUACUCUGUUGGCAAGAGUCGGUUAUAUAGAACUCAAGUUGACCACAAAGUUUAUCAACAGGGUGUUCUAUGUUAUUAUCAGUAAAACGAUCUGCUUUAACGACCAAGUGCUCUUCUUUAUCGAGUCUUAUCGACAAAGUAUUCUACUAUACCGACCGUGUACCCAUUCUCUUCUCCAUUCCAUCCCCUUCCUUUUUCUUCACUUCAUCUCCUUAGUCGUUCUCAACAUUGAAAUAUUUACAGCAUUUCCAUUAAAAGUAAAACACUGCCGUAUCCAUUGUUAACAAUGCAGAAAGCCAUAAACACUGCUAUUUUAGAUACUUCAAAGCCACUCAUUAACAACAUCGACACAAUUGUCUAAAUCAUGCUACUCAAGAUUUUGUUUCUAUUUAAAAGCAUAAAAUAAUUCAAUAAAAUAAUUUCUCUAUUUUUGUUAAUUCACGAAUAAUAUUUUGAUUUAAUUUCUCCAUAUCUUCAAUUAAAAGUAAUUUUAUUGUAUGACACACUCGCAAAGCUAUACAACCGUUGUAGAAAAUAUUUGUUUACAACUCCAAAAGAAACAGUAGCUAUAAAAUUAAUAAAGCUGGAUGGGACGCUGGACAUCAUUCCAGUUCAUAAAAUGUAGAGAACCUAACGAGAAUAAAAUCUCAGUGAAUUUCUAUUUACAUCUAUUCGUUUCUCUUUUUGUUGUGUAUACAAAAAUUACUUUUCUAGGAGACUUUUACUUUCCUUUUUGCACCAUGCUUUGGAUAAAAUUUUAUGUUUAAAUUAUUUUUUAAAAACUUAAGAAAAAAAUAAAAUAGCGUAGGUGAAACUAUUAUUGCUUGACAUUACAUGCUAAUUGUAAAUAUACCUAUAACGUACGUACGAUUUUAAUAGACGAGACUACCUUAACUUCAAGAAAUCUGAAAAUAUCGAAAUAGUGUAAGGGCACAGAUUACAUGCAUAUGUGUAACCAAGAUUUGUUGAUAAACAAACAUUCGUUCUAAUAUUGUUACUUGGUAUUAACGCAAUUUUCUGUACUUGUACUUUGCAGACAAAACUACCGUCCUCAACAUUAUCAUAGACAACCGUAUGGGAUAUUAAUUUUAAAUCUCGAUGGAUACUAGUUUCUAAGGAUAUUGAUAAGAAAAAGUGCAAUCCUCGUAGUCUCUAAAGGAAUUUAAAAUUACAAAUAUAUAUUUCGGUUAUACACGUCGUGGGUGCAUGUUACCUGUUAAAACAAAAAAAAAAGUGAUCGAUAUACAUAUAUAUAUAUACUGAUAAUUAAACUUGUUGAAAUUGUGUUUCUUUUAGGGAUAAAUUGUUGUAGGUAACGGUACUAGAAUUUACGAUAGUUGAUAGAAAUUUAAAGGAAAACGAUGAAAAAAAAAAAAAAACAAAAUAAUAACAAA